AUGCAGAUUGAGGGUCCUCACACCAAAGAAGAGGCGGCGCUCUUCCGCGAAGCUUUACUUUGCAACACCACCCUGCUUGAAGUCCUGUCUCGAGCCGCCACCAUGGACCUCCCAGAUUGGUAUCUCGCCGCUGGCUCCCUGACCCAGACCGUGUGGAACAUGGUGACUGACCAGCCGCCCGAGACUGGCAUCGAUGACUACGACCUAGUCUACUUCGACAACACAGACUUAUCAUGGGAGGCAGAAGACCGCGUGAUCCAGCAAGGGGCCAAGAUCUUCGAGGGUCUGCCCACGAGAGUAGAGAUUCGGAAUCAAGCCAGGGUGCACCUUUGGUAUCCGCAGAAGUUUGGCGUCCCGUUUCCGGAGAAUACGUCCACAGAAGGGGCCAUUUCGCGGUGGAUGACUGGCACGGCGCUGUUUGGGGUGCGGCUCCUACCUGACGGGGACUGGAAGGUUUUUGCGCCGUGGGGGUUCACAGAUAUCUUGAACCUGGUCGUGCGGCCGAAUCCAGUCAGUGCAAACAAAAUGCUGUAUGAAAAGAAGGUCGACAGGUGGCGGGGGAUCUGGCCUGGUCUGACAGUGCUCCCCUGGCCGGAAGGCCCAUCCAAGGUGAACGAAGAGGGUUCAUCAGACGUAGGGCAUAUAGACACUGUAACGUCAUCAUCUUCUCAAUGA